ACCAUGGACAUCGAGAACAACAACAACACGCAGUUGACCGGCGAAGAGCCGGAAAAAUGUGCUGGAAAGCGCAAAUUUGAAAUUACACAUGAAGACAAGGAAGGGGUAAAUAAAAGACUGAAGGGGGCGGAUGCCGUUGUGGAGGCCACGCCCCGUCCGCCCUCGCAGAGCCCCAAGAAGCGUCUGCAAAUGAAUGGAAAACCCAAGCACAACAAAGAUCUUAACUUUACUUACGGCAACUACAAGCACUACUAUGGCAAGCGAAUCCUGGACAAGGACUUCCACGACAUCCGCCUGGACGUGCUUGGCACCCAGCCGAAUUUGUUCCGGGGCAAGCAGCUCCUGGACAUUGGCUGCAACUCAGGUCACCUGUCGAUCCAGAUUGUGAAGAAUUUCGAGGCCAAGAGUCUCGUGGGACUGGACAUAGAUCGUGGCCUGGUCAAGGAUGCGCAAAGCACCAUCAGCCACCUGAAGCGACAGGCAGUCACUGGGCCGGGAUUCCCCCACAACAUGAGGUUCGUACAGGGCAACUAUGUGCUGGACGACGACGUGCUGCUGGAGAUUGAGCGGCCGCAGUUCGAUGUAAUACUCUGCCUGUCUGUCACCAAGUGGAUUCAUCUAAACUUCUGUGAUUCCGGCCUGAAGCAGGCCUUCCGCCGCAUGUACCUGCAGCUGCGCCCGGGCGGUAAGCUGAUCCUGGAGCCUCAGUCCUUUGAUGGCUACAAGAGGCGCAAGAAGCUAUCGGAACAAAUAAGGGAUAACUACAAUUCCAUUAAAUUCCGACCUGAGCAAUUCACCGAAUAUCUGCUUAGCCCAGAAGUGGGCUUUGCCAACAUGGAACUUAUGGGCACACCCGAGCACUGUGAAGCCGGAUUCAAACGACCCAUUCAGAUCUUCACAAAGAAAUAAGAGUACACAGAGCAGAGUUUAAAAUAGAUCCAACGAAAUGGUCAAAUAAACUUUAAUAAAUAUAAACACCCAGGAAGGAGAGCUCCAGAUGAAAUCAGUA